UCUCCUCCGCUCCUAGCCUCUUCUUCCUGGCAGCGGCAGCGGCGGCGGCGGCCACCACCCGAGCCCCGAGAGAGAGAGAGAGAGUGAGAGGGAGGUCGCGCGCGGUGCCCUUCUCUCUCAAAUCUCGUCUCCGUAGGACGAACAUUACCAAGGAGUUCCAUCAGUAAUGGAGAAUCGUGCCCACGCCAUGAAAUCUGAAAACUAUGACCAAGGCAAUGCAAUGGUAGGCGUCAAGUUUGCGCCGGAGAUGGCAAACACAAACAGGAGGGCCCUCUGCGACAUCAAGAACAUCAUAGGAGGCCGUCACCACCACUUGUCUGUGAGCACAAAUGGGCUGUCAGAAAAAUCUGAUGCUACUGUAAACCCCAAGGAUCGCUUUCUUGGACACCGUCCCAUUACCAGGAAGUUUGCUGCAACGUUGGCAAACCAACCUUCAAGUGCCCAUCUGGCACCCAUUGGAAGUGAGAGGCAGAAAAGAAAUGCAGAUACAGCAUUUCACACUGUUGCAGAUUUGGAAAACAGUCAAAGCACCAAGAUGUCUGAUGACAUUCCCUUGCAGAUGCUAUCUGAGAUGGACGAAGUGAUGACUUCUGAACUGAAAGAGAUCGAGAUGGAAGAUAUUGAGGAUGCAGCACCUAAUAUUGACAGCUGCGAUGCAGGAAACUCUCUUGCGGUGGUUGAAUACGUCGAUGAAAUUUACAGCUUUUACAGAAGAACUGAGGGUUCAAGCUGUGUCGCUCCUAAUUAUAUGUCAAGUCAGACUGAUAUAAAUGAGAAGAUGCGUGGAAUUCUUAUUGACUGGCUGAUAGAGGUGCACUACAAAUUAGAGCUGUUGGAGGAGACACUAUUUCUUACUGUGAAUAUCAUAGACAGAUUUUUGGCACGUGAAAAUGUGGUGCGAAAGAGGCUUCAGUUAGUUGGUGUGACUGCUAUGCUGCUUGCAUGCAAGUAUGAAGAAGUAAGCGUGCCUGUUGUUGAGGAUUUGAUUCUUAUCUGCGACCGUGCCUACACAAGGACAGAUAUUCUCGAAAUGGAGAGGAUGAUAGUGAACACACUCAAGUUCAACAUGUCAGUGCCGACUCCAUACUGUUUCAUGAGAAGGUUUCUUAAGGCAGCAAAUUCUGACAAGAAGCUGGAGCUCCUGUCUUUCUUCAUAAUCGAGCUGAGCCUUGUUGAAUAUGAGAUGCUGAAGUUCUGCCCGUCUAUGCUGGCAGCUGCUGCCAUCUACACUUCUCAGUGCACCUUGAAUGGGUUCAAGUCCUGGAACAAAUGCUGUGAGAUGCACACAAAAUAUUCUGAAGAACAGCUGAUGGAUUGCUCCAGGAUGAUGGUUGAACUCCACCAGAGAGCAGCUCAUGGGAAGCUUACUGGGGUUCAUAGAAAGUAUAGCACUUUUAGGUACGGCUGUGCGGCAAAAUCGGAGCCGGCGACCUUCUUGCUGGAUUAGCUAGAACUAAUUGGUUGAUUAUACACACUCCAACUACUUCCAUUGAGAGAGUGAAAGAGGGGUGUAUAUAGAGGCUGCUUCGAUUAAAUUACAGAGGGUGAUCUGCAUAUAUGCAACAGCUGUUGCAGCGACCAUUUGAUGGGUUGGGCUGGUGUGUUUAGUUUCAGUGACUUAACAUCGAUGAAACAUUGGUUUGGUCUGUGACACCUGCAGUCUGAAAAUAAACAUUAAUUGAAUUUCCUUUUUGGUA